AGACGCACGUUUAUUUUGGGGUCGCUCUGACGUCAAGAGCGCACACGUUUCAUUCAACAGGCAAAGAAAGUAAGUUAUUUAUAACCCGCAGCGUCUCCAGGUUGCGCUCCAUGAGUGCGCACCGAGAAGAAUCCAAAGCAUCCUCCUCGUCAGGACUCACGCGUCUGAGAACAACAACAACAAAAAAAAAAAAAAAGCCACGAUCAGGUGCGCUCAUGUGCGUCCUACUUUAUCACCACCGACACUCGGCGCCCCGGCUGUAACCGAGGCGGGGUGUGGAUGGCUCACAAAUAGGCAGAAAAAAAUAAUCCUCCGUGAACUUUCUGUUUUGAAUCGAGCCAUUAUCUCCUCAUUUUUCAUCCUGCCGUGACGCAGCGAGGCUACUUAAGAGCAUGGGAAUCUUGUCUUCUGACCAGCUGUAAAGUCCACACGGGGAAAAUCUGAGCGAUGGCUGACAUUCUGGAGCUGCGCACGGAUGGGAACUCGCUCCUGAAAGCGGUGUGGCUCCGACGCUUGAGGCUCACCAGACUCCUCCUGGAGGGCGGCGCGUACAUCAAUGAGAGCAAUGAACGCGGCGAGACGCCUCUCAUGGUGGCCUGUAUGUCGACGCACAGCGACCAGCAAAGCGUCAGCAAGUCUAAGCUAGUCAAAUAUUUGCUGGACAACCAAGCUGACCCAAACAUACAAGACAAAGGAGGCCGGACCGCCCUGAUGCACGCCUGCAUCCACAAGGCGGGACAUGAAGUAGUGACCCAUCUACUGAGCAACGGGGCUGAUCCCAGCCUGGAGGACAGGGGGGGAGCCUCUGCACUGGUUUAUGCCAUCAACGCAGAUGAAAAGCAAACACUCAAGUUGCUUCUGGAUGCUUGCAAGGCCAAAGGCAAAGAGGUUAUCAUUAUCACCACCGAUAAGUCACCAUCUGGCACCAAAACCACCAAACAGUACCUAAAUGUUCCUCCGUCUCCAGAGCUGGUUGAAAAGUCCUCCCCGGCAUACUGCACCUCACCUUCUGACAUCGACAUCACUGCAUCUCCAAUGAUUGAGCAAGAGCAACAAAAUUCCGUCUUCAGCUUCCAGACUAAGCUGAAAACAUCCUGCUCGGCAAACAAACUGGCCAAUGGGCCCACGUCGCCCACACGGCGGCCGACCGGCCACAAGCGAGCGCGUUUACCUCAGCUGAAGCGUCUGCAGUCGGAGCCGUGGGGGCUGAUAGCGCCCUCCGUGCUGGCCGAACGGGCGAACAGCCACAACGAAAGCAAGAAGGCCAGCUCGGAUGAGGACAUGGUGGCAGGUUUGAACGGCCUGACCCUGAGCAAAAGGGCCACUUUGUCUCGGCAGAACAGCAUGGAUGGCAAAGAAAGCACUUUCCCGCCGGUGGGCGAGCAAGGCUGCAAAAUGACAACCUCGCUGUCGGUUCCCCCGACCACUAAAGCAGCCUAUGAAAGAUCGCUGGGCACGCACCAGCCUUUGGCACGACGCAGCACCGUGCCGACCGAGCAGGAGGGCGCCAGCGUUGGGCACCCCGCUCUCAGAGACACCAUGCACAAGAGGAGACUCGGGAAUGACCACUAUGACUCAGACUCCCAGCUCUACUCCGACUCUGUCAUGCUGGACUCCCCAAAGGUGCCACUGGAGCGAAGGAAACUGAACACCUCCCCUCUGGCCUUGUUGACCAGCUCCAGAGAGUCCCUAGACAGCAACGCCAGUACAUCCUCACCGUGCACCAUCCGCUGGCGUCCGCCGGGGCUCUUGGAGAGGAGAGGCUCUGGCACCCUUCUUCUCGAUCACAUCUGCCACACCAGGCCGGGCCAGCUGCCCCCUCUCAAUGUCAACCCCAACCCUUACAUUCCUGACGUUGGUGCCAGUAGCAAGCCAUCCUCGCCUUUGGCCGGCGGCAUUCGAUGCUUAGCGCCAGUAGCACCAAACACACCAAAGAGGGGUGGGCUGAAGUGCAAGAAGAAGCUUGUGAGAAGACAUUCUAUGCAAGUGGAGCAAAUGAAGCAGCUGUCUGAUUUUGAGGAGCUAGCUCAUUAGUGGCUAGGGGUGUUUAUGCAGCAUUUUUAGUGUUAACUGCCUACAUUGUCAGCAAGUACUGUACAACCAUGAGUUCCGUCGUGUAAACUCACAGGCGUAUAGAUGUUGAAUAACGAACUGGAAAGCGAAGUUACAACUGAGCAAUAUAGCUGGAUUUCCUCCUUGUGCCGCUUCCCACCUUGAGGAUUAUCUUUUGACACCAUGUCUGCUUUCAAUGUAUUACCGUUUUGAAUGUAAAUGACAAGUUGUGACACAUCCACACACACACACACACACACACACACACACACACACACACACACACACCCACCCACAAACGAAGGGUCUCUCCUAUAUGGUGACGUAUAUGCAGGAACAGUUCUUGAUCCGUUUGUAGCCAACGGGCCACUUGGGUGCACUUUGUGCAUUUGCAAUUAGCACUAGUUUGCUCUGGAGUCGAGAUGUAGCGUUGGGUAAGAAGUUUGACUGUUUGUAGCAAAAUUGUGCAAAGUGCCUUCAAGAAUAAUUGAAGACUGGGGCGGAGAGAGUGGCGAGAUACAUUUGAUGUAUUAAAAACCGACUUACAACAAAUACGGAUGUAACCAAAAUGUGUUUUCCUUUCAUCAAUAUUGUUGGCCUCACAUCGAGUGAAUAACAUGCCUUAAAAAAAGCUGGUCAAGUGAUAUGUUCUGUGGUACUUUUCUGCGGAGGAGGUAGAAAACGGGGACAAAUGUUUGUCAUUGCAACAAUGUUGCACGCAUUUAAUUUCCGCAAUGUUUAAAGCCGCAUUGGUAAUAAAUUGGUGAUCAAAUGUCCUAAGGCAAUCAAAUUUAAGAUACAAACUUCCAUAAUGUCAGCACCUCUGUUUAAAAUAAACAUUUACAACAA